CUGAGGCUCAGAUCAGGCAGCUGCAAGGACUGUCUCAGGGAAAGGAUGAAGGCUGCAUCUCCUGAGCCUCCUGAGGAGAGUUGCCCAUCCAUAAACCCCAGUCCCUCAUACCCUUAAGCUCUGUUCUAACACAGAUUCUGAUGCCAACAUACCUGUAUUUUCCAACCCCCCAGGUUAGACCUGAGCUAAGUCUGGGUGCUGCUUUACAGCGUUUGAAUAAUUCAGGUCCAGGAGGCCCGAGGUGUCAGUGUCAGUUGUGCCGUUGCCAUGGGCACAGGUGUCCCAACCCUGCCAUUAAGCUAUUGAGAAGGGCAAAGAGGCAGGAUUGUUGUCCAGAGCCUCAGACCCCUCAGGGUUCAUAGAGUCCCUGUCCCAUGUUCUGCUGAGAGAGCAGCAGGCACACCUAGAGUCCAGGUGUUCAGAGAUGGAGGGAGGAAGAAAGGGAGGAUGAAAUAGAAGUAGGAGAAAAGGAGAGCGAAUAGAAAGAGGCAGACAGAGGAAGAUCAGAGUCAGGGAAGUAGAAAGACCAAGAAAGUUACAAAGGGAAAAUCAGAAGGAACAGAAACAGAGACAAUAAAAGGUAAAUGGGGGAGGGGCAAGGAGGGGCAAGGACCAGCAGGGGAAGGAACAACAGAUGCCAAGGACCAAAUAUUAAAAUCCAAGGGCAGGUAAAAGCAGGAGGGUGCAACAACUGGAAGGGCUGCGGUGCUUCCAGAGGGUGAGUUGGGCCUCCAGAGAUCUCAGUCUUACUUCUCACUUCUAGGUACUGGCUACACCAUCCUUGCCAGCUGGGCCUGAUUCACCUUAGGUCUGGCCAGGAGGCCUUAGACCCAGAGAUCUGCCCCCACCUCUUGCUGUGGCCGGGCCAUGGGGCCAGGGAGCCACCACCUCAGCUUGAGCCUUCUGCUCCUGCUGCUACUCCCUCCAGAGUGCUUGGGAGCUGAGGGCAGGCUGGCUCACAAGCUGUUUCGUGACCUCUUUGCCAACUACACAAGUGCCCUGAGACCUGUGGCAGACACAGACCAGACUCUGAAUGUGACCCUGGAAGUGACACUGUCCCAGAUCAUCGACAUGGAUGAGAGGAACCAGGUACUGACCCUAUACUUGUGGAUCCGGCAGGAGUGGACAGAUGCCUAUCUACGAUGGAACCCUGAUGCCUAUGGUGGCCUGGAUGCCAUCCGCAUCCCUAGCAGUCUUGUGUGGAGGCCAGACAUCGUGCUUUAUAACAAGGCGGACGCGCAGCCGCCGUCCUCGGCCAGCACGAACGUGGUUGUGCGGCACGACGGCGUAGUGCGCUGGGACGCGCCGGCCAUCACGCGCAGCUCCUGUCGCGUGGACGUGUCUGCCUUCCCGUUUGACGCGCAGCGCUGCGGCCUGACGUUCGGUUCGUGGACGCACGGCGGGCACCAGCUGGACGUGCGGCCGCGUGGCGCCGCCGCCAGCCUGGCCGACUUCGUGGAGAACGUGGAGUGGCGCGUGCUGGGCAUGCCGGCGCGGCGGCGUGUGCUCACCUACGGCUGCUGCUCGGAGCCCUACCCGGACGUGACCUUCACGCUGCUGCUGCGCCGCCGCGCCGCCGCCUACGUGUGCAACCUGCUGCUGCCCUGCGUGCUCAUCUCGCUGCUCGCGCCGCUCGCCUUCCACCUGCCCGCAGACUCGGGCGAGAAGGUGUCGCUCGGUGUCACUGUGCUGCUGGCGCUCACCGUGUUUCAGCUGCUUCUGGCUGAGAGCAUGCCGCCGGCCGAGAGCGUGCCCCUCAUCGGGAAGUACUACAUGGCCACUAUGACCAUGGUCACCUUCUCUACGGCACUCACCAUCCUUAUCAUGAAUCUACAUUACUGUGGUCCUAGUGCCCGCCCAGUGCCAGCCUGGGCUCAGGCCCUCCUGCUGAGACACCUGGCACGGGGCCUGUGUGUGCGGGAAAGAGGAGAGCCCUGUGGACAGUUCAAGGCACCUGAGUCAGCCCUGAGCCCCCAGCCUCCUGAGGGAGGGGCUGAUCCCCAAGCAGGCCCUUGCCAUGAGCCACAGUGUCUGUGCCGCCAGGAGGCCUUGCUGCACCAUGUAGCCACUAUUGCCAACACCUUCCGCAGCCACCGGGCUGCCCAGCGCCGCCAUGAGGACUGGAAGCGUCUGGCCCGUGUGAUGGACCGUUUCUUCUUGGGCAUCUUCUUCACCAUGGCCCUGGUCAUGAGCCUCCUGGUGCUGGUCCAGGCCCUGUAAGAGGUGGGGCUAGGUCUCAAUGAUCUUCUGUAGCCAUAGCACCUCCAGAAGGCCAGGUGAUUGUGGGUCCUUUGAUAGACCAACUCCCCACUCCUCCUGAGAGCCUGGGACACCCUCUUUUCAGGACCAGAGCUACUGCUUCACUAUCCAUGUAGAAGCACUCAUUGUCUGCAUACCCUAAAAUUGAGAGUAUUCCAGAGCCUAACACUCCCCUAAUUCCAAAAGAGAAGAAACUCUAAGAAGGUCAAUUUCAGGCGGCGCCUGUGGCUCAAGGAGUAGGGCGCCGGUCCCAUAUGCCAGAGCUGGCGGGUUCAAACCCAGCCCCAGCCAAAAACCACAAAAAAAAAAAAAAGAA